AUGGCGUUGGGAGGGUCCACCCCUCCGCUGCUGUGCUGCUCAGCCUCAAAUCACCACGGCUCAUGUCAGCAGCAGCAGCGGCAGGAACCGAGCCGCAGGUCCAGAGGUUACCCGUCCGUUAGCGCCUGAAGCUUCCUACUGUAGGCUGACGCUAUGCCUCCUGUCCGGGUGGUGAUGCAGGGUCCCGGCCCGUGGGGGUUCCGGCUCGUCGGGGGUAAGGACUUCGAACAGCCGCUGGCGAUUUCCCGGGUCUCCCCUGGAAGCAAGGCGGCCCAAGCCAACCUGUGCAUCGGAGACAUAAUCCUGUCCAUCAACGGCGAGCCGACGGAGGCCAUGACUCACCUGGAGGCGCAGAACAAGAUCAAGGGCUGCGUGGAGGAGAUGGCGCUGUCCAUCGACAGGUCAGAGACUAAGCUGUGGUCGCCGCUUUCAUCAGAGGAAGGAAAGACACACCCUUACAAGAUGAACCUGGCGUCAGAGCCCCGGGAGGUGAAGAACAUCGGCUCGUCCCACAACAGGAGCGCCCUGCCCUUCUCUGGCUUCGGCCCCAAGGUUGUGACCAACCAGUACAACAGUCCGUCCGGUCUGUACUCCACGGAGAACAUCAAGGACUUCAACUCGGCCGUGGACGAGGUGAAGACGGGGACCGCAGCUACUGAGCCCAGCACCAAGGCGCCAUCAGAGCCGGCGGCGCCACCAGCAGCGGGCAAACCACCGGCCGUACCGGCCGACUCCGAGGUCUACAAGAUGCUGCAGGAGAACCAGGAGUCAGACGAGCCGCCUCGGCAGUCCGCUUCCUUCAAGGUGCUCCAGGAGAUCCUGGAGACGGGCGACUCGGAGAAACCAUCCGGCUUCAGGAGCGUGAAGGCGCCGACGACAAAGAUCGGAUCUUCUGUGGGCAACGCAGACAAGCUGCCCGUCUGUGACAAAUGUGGCUCUGGGAUCGUGGGCAUGCUGGUGAAGCUGCGGGACAAGUUCCGUCACCCCGACUGCUACACCUGCACAGACUGCGACGUCAACCUGAAGCAGAAGGGCCACUUCUUCGUGGAGGACCAGAUCUACUGCGAGAAACACGCGCGGGAGCGGGUGACUCCGCCCGAGGGCUACGACGUGGUCACCGUGUUCCCCAAGUAGAGCGUUGAGCCCGGCCCGGCCUCAGACUGCACCGCGCUCACCGUUCUGCUCAAACUCGUGCCUCUGAGACCGUUAAGCAGACCUGAGUCUGGUUUACGGUUCAGCGCCGCGACUGGCGGGCAGAAAGGAAAGGGCUUCGUGUUUAAAAAUGUUGAUUUGCACAUGAAUUAUGGCCACAGGAUCUUAGUUUCCUUCCUUAAAGCAAUGCGAGCUGCCCGGCAGCCAACCGCUGUGUUCAAGUCAUGGUCCUCUUUGUACAUUACCAUGUUUUUCUAAAUCGUAGAACAAGUGUUAGUCACCCCGAAUAAAACGUGCGUUUUUAUACAGUCGAAACAUAUUUUUUUACACACCAUGAAUAGCCAAAAGCACAAUAGAACGUGAUUGCCAAAUAAAAGUUUCAGCUUUUAACGGG